CGGUGGCGGUGUAGUUAUUGGGGGCGGCGCUAGGGGGCUCCACUGGUACCCAAACACACACACCACUUUGUCAACAGGGAAAGUCUGACUCAUCUGUCACUUUUUUGGGGGUUACCCGCGCCUCCAAAUUUCGAUGGACGGCCACGUUAACAUAGACAGAGAUGACAAAGUCGUGGCGGUGGAAGAGGGUGUUGGGAAAGGGAUGAAAAAGAAAAGGAAGUCUCAGAACCAAGAGGAUGCGUCAGGAGGGCAGCCACCCACACACACCAUACAGCCUGGGGCCCAGUAUGAUGGAGGUUUGGCAUUAAAUACUGAUGCUGCCUUCUCAAAUGAUCAUUUACAAGAAGGUGGUGACGAGGGAGCAGUGAGACGACAGCAGAGAGGAGGGGAUCCUGGAGUGCCUGGAGGAGUGCCUGGAGAACAGGAUCAAGCUGCACAUGGGCGAGGACCCCGGAGGGGAAAUACAGUAGAAGCUGGACAAAAUCGACAACCACCUGGAGAGUGGGAAGAGGUUGAAGAGGAGGAGGAGGAGCUCAAGUAUGGAGCACAACAUGUAAUCAAGCUGUUCAUACCAGUGUCUCUGUGUAUGAUUGUUGUGGUUGCCACUGUAUCUUCAGUAACAUUUUACACAGAGAAAGGAGCAUACCUAUUGUACACACCAUUUCAUGAAGAAUCCCAAAGCAUUGGGGAUAAAGUGUACGAUGCUCUGCGUAAUGCACUUAUUCUCCUCGGUGUUGUGGUCAUUUUAACCAUUGUGCUUAUAUUUCUUUACAAAAAACGCUGUUAUAAGAUCAUCCAUGGAUGGCUGCUUAUGUCCUCUCUACUGCUGCUCUUUAUUUUUACCAUGAUGUACAUUCUGGAGUUACUGCGUGGGUACAAUAUUGGGAUGGAUUGGAUCACCGUCGCUAUAUGUGUGUGGAACUUUGGGGUAAUGGGCAUGGUGAGCAUCCACUGGCAUGGUCCCCUACGCCUUCAGCAAGCUUACCUCAUAUUCAUCGCCUCACUGAUGUCUCUCAUGUUCAUCAAGUACCUUCCUGAGUACACCCUCUGGAUGGUCCUAGGUGUCAUCUCCAUCUGGGAUUUGAUUGCUGUGUUGUCUCCCAGAGGCCCACUACGUAUUCUAGUGGAAACGGCUCAGGAGAGAAAUGAGCCCAUAUUUCCUGCACUUAUUUACUCUUCCAAUAUCAUGUACAGCACUUUGGGGAUGGCAGAACCUGAUGGCAACCUUUCUUCAUCAAGAUCUCGUGGUAGACAACCUGUUCAAGAAGAUGCAGGUACUGUUGGAGAUUUAGCAGGUGAGGAUGCGGCUGGUGCACAGAGGGAUGGAGAUAUCACCAGGAGGAGGACUGCAGAAAAUGGACAUACGGCUGCAGAUGAAGUGUCAGGUUUCACUGAAGAAUGGGCCUUGCACCAUGAGGAUCGAGCUAUCAGGCGACGAGAACAGGUUAAUAGUCAUGUGCGUGAGCACCCUACAAACGUUGAAUACCCACAUCCCCAUCCUCGUGAUAUUACUGCUGAGGAAGAGGAAGAAAGAGGUGUGAAACUUGGACUUGGAGAUUUUAUUUUCUACUCUGUUCUGGUUGGCAAAGCUUCCUCAUAUGGUGACUGGAACACCACCAUAGCCUGCUUUAUUGCCAUUCUCAUUGGGUUGUGCUUGACAUUAAUCAUGCUGGCCAUUACCAAGAAAGCUCUGCCGGCCUUGCCCAUCUCCAUUACAUUUGGCCUUAUCUUCUACUUCUCCACCUCGCUAUUAGUGGUGCCGUUUACAGAGCAGCUUGCAAGUGAACAGUUUUAUAUAUAGUACAAGUUACAUAUUAAAGCCAUUCCGUAUAUAUAUAUUUAAAAGAAAUUUGAUAUAUUCAAUAUAGUGGGCCAUGAACAGUGUAUAUAUAUAAAGAUUGAUGUCUUGUGCACGAUGAAUUUAUGGUGGUACUGUAGUGAUGUGGUGGAUAUUGCAAGGCAAAAGUUACACUGAGAACUUAAUUAAAGGGAUGUCUGCACACUACAAAUACAAUACCCAAGAUAACAGGGAUGUCUGCACACUACAAAUACAAUACCCAAGAUAACAGGGAUGUGUGCACACUACAAAUACUGUACUAUACCCAGGAUAACAGGGAUUUGUGCACACUUCAAAUACAGUACCUAAGAAUAGAUUUCAAAUGAAGAACCAAUUUUCAGUGGCUUGUUUCCAAACAAGUCAUUCAUAAUACAGUAGUUAUGAAACUAGUAGGGGGCAAUAAACUUUAUAUCAAAUAUGGCUAUAGCUGGUUACCAUUGUUAAUAUUAAGUAUUUUAUGCCUUUUUUUUUUUUUUAGAAUUUGAUUUUGUAUUGUAUAAUUAGCUUUUUAUCUAAGUCGGUAGAUAAGUCAGUAGAUAGUACUGCAGUUUGCAGUACUUUGGUAGACAUCAUAUUUUGACUUGUUCAGGAAGCUUUAUACUGUAUUUGAAAGUGAUACAUGUGAAGGUCACAUACGAAAAUUGUUUUUUUUAUAUAUACAAAAUUUAGUUCCAUAGUAAUAGUAUAAAAUACUGUCCGCUAUUGGAAAAACAGGUUUGUUUUCACAUUCGACAGUAAUACAGUAUCCUUGUACCGUAUAGGUAAAUAAUGUAUUUGAAGAUGUCACUUUGAAUGACGCCUUAUUUUAAUUUUCAUGAUUUGUUGUUUUUCCAUCACAAGCUGGAAUAGAUUUUAAGAGGUAGCUUCUCUCAAGCGUACCUGGUGAACAACGUCAUAAUUCACGAAGCAUAACUUCUAGUGUGUGGGGGUAAGUCGUAAUGUUACCAUUCAAGGCUUUAUUAGUUGCAUAGGACUUUAUAUAACCACCAGAUUUGACUCCCAUUGGAGCUAGGAAGUGUAAGAACUUGUACUUCCAAAAAUUACACUGUUUUUGGAAAGGCAAAUGUUUUAGGCUUUAAAUUUCUAGUUUUCAUUUUCUUCUAGACUAGGCUUUAAUAUUUUGAUUUCAGUUACAGUAUUUCAAGUUUCAUGAUAAAGUAUAUUUAGGAUGGUAUAAAUUAUGUUUUAUUUAAAUUUUCAGAAUCAUUCCUUAUUUAUCAUUAGUUAAGGUAUGGUAUUGACAAACAUGAAUUGCCAUUUUAAUAAUUUUUUAUUGAAUGUCUUGAGAAAUUGAAUUUAGUGAAUUUGCAUCAGGAGAUAUAUAUGCUGAUAUGAAGUAACAAGUCAAAGUGUUUUUAAAUUAAUUUUACCUCAUAUUGAGGCUUGUUAAUGGCAGUAAAGUUUGUAUUUCUCAUUGCAAGGUUCACAUGUAAGUGUGUUGUCAAAUCUUCUAACAAUUCAUCAAUAGCAGCUUGCAGACAGAAGUCAGAAUCCUUUGCAACUAUUUUGGUUACAAUAUUGAUUAUUGAUAAUACUUGCUGGGAAGUAAAGUCUUUUGAAAAAUUUCUGUAUCAAUGACCCUUUCUUCAUUCUUGGUUAAAUGGGUGGAACAAGCUACAGUCUUUAACCCAUUGGCUGUGGGACGGUAACAUUAUUUUUUAUUUGUUAACAUUCAUUCCUGCUGGGAUUGUAUGACCUGUACAAUAUUAUGUUUCAUUAUAUGGGGCCAGCAUAUAGAAGUCAGGUGUUGUCUCUACCUCAGUAAGUGGCUCUGAAGAUCGUAUGGUCUACUGAAAAAUAUACAUAAACCAGUUGUAUUUUUUGUAAAUAAAAUAUUAGGGAUUUUUAAAUAUUUAGAUGGUAUAUUUGAUUUACAGUAUAUAUACUGUAUAUACUUGGAUGUAAUGAUAUAAAUGGCUUUAAAGUGUGCACAUACACAUUUGAAUACAUAUGGAUGGUGGUGGCAAAAGGAGUAUGAUUUUGUGAAUGCUCUAGACCAGUGCAGGAAAUAAGUCACAAUAAUGUGGCUGCAAUAAAUAACUUGGCCCAUAUAUGUAAAAUGAAAAGAAAGUGAUAACAUUUUUGGUCUGGUUCAUGACCAGGCCUCCUGGUUGCUGGACUUGUCAACCAGGCUGUUGGACAUGGCUGCUCGUAGCAUGACGUAUGAAUCACAGCCUGGUUGAUCAGGUAUGGAGACUGAAGCUGCCUUACCAGACCCCACCGGACUGGUUCCUGCACACCUUUCCAAUUCCAAAGAAUAUUUCUGACCACUCCAGUGUGGUUAUAUUAUCCACUAUUUACACAAGUGCAUUGAAGAAGACUAUUGUCAUCACAAAUAAUUAUCACUAAUAUCAUUGAGUAAACAAAAAUUUCCUGCCUAAGAGCUGCUGAGGCAAUGACAAAGAUAGGUUAGAAUGAUGUGUUAUUCUUACAAGCGAUUAGGAAGCCACUGGCAGCUUCCCGAGUUUAUCAAAACAAGGCCACUCUGCCCCCAAAGACCUCUGAUGUUUGGAGGUGCAACCAAAUAUGUGCAGACUUUAUCUACUAUUGCCUGUGUGUCGAAGCAUUCACAAUGUCUGCACACGCCACAAAACUUUAAAGAUGCUCAUGAAUGCAGUCAGCAGCAAACUGGUUAAGUAUUUAAGAGCAAAUCCUCUAUAUUCCAGAAAAACAUUGAGGUGACAUGAUAAUUAAAAUAAAUAACUAAAACAACCAAUAUAAACAAUUUAAAUUUUUAUCUUAUAAUUUCAUGCUUUUUAGUCUAAUCUGUAGUCCAUCUUCAUUAUUGUACAGUUCAUACAGUAAAAUGUUAAUAAUAAAAAAUAUUAUGCAAUAACAUUUAGUAAUGUAAUAUUGCAUGGUACAAAUCCCCUAGAGCCAUAUCUGAAUAAAACCACCUUUUUAUAAAAUCGAUAAAGAAAAAAUACAUUUUAAUAUUUAACAUGGUAAUCAAAAGCAUUUGUAUAUUAUACUGAUGCUGAAUGACUUCAUGUUACUGUUACAUAAACACCUAAUAAAGGUUUAUAAAUUGAGUUGUGUGUUAGUUUACAAACAUGAAGCUAGUGGUAUAGAUUACUAUAUUGCAUUUUACUUUCAGAUUAGUUAAUUCUUACGGCUGAGCUUUCACAUAACUCUUUUUACACAUGAUCAUCUGUUGGUGUAAUACAAUGAUAUAUAGACUCGAUAUUCCCUGGUUGGCUUAAAGGUUAGUACUGUCAGAUGCCAGUUAUUUGUGACAUGCAGUAAUGUCCAUUAGAAAAUAAUCUCAUUUGUGCAUUCUUACCCAGUCACCAUUCAUACAAUACUGAACAUUGACGGUUUGAGAAAAUCUUGUAUUUGUAGUAAAAAUAACUUUGA